AUGAUAUUAACUCUCCAGGAGAGGAGGCGAGGUCUCCUCCUGUUCCUCUUCCAAGCUGUGUUGCUGUCUGGUCAUGUCCUUCUCGCCCGUGGCCAGUCCUUCGACCCUAACGCAGCUAAACCUGAGAUCUGGAACCCUCUGAACGUGGGGACCAACAAAACAACGAACACCACUUACAGCAACCCUAUCUUCACCCAAAAUGUCGGUGACCCGUGGAUAUCAAAGUAUACCGAUAUCGACGGCCAGCAGUGGUAUCUAUUUACUUAUACCACCAAUGACAACAUCACCAUCAGGCGGAGCAAGGCCCUGACCGACAACUGGGACCAUGCUGAAGAGCGUGUCGUCUUCAACCCCAACAACACGGGCGGCGAGGCCUGGUCCACAAGUCUUUGGGCCCCCGAGAUUCACAAUAUCUCUGGUACCUUCUACAUCAUCUUCACCGCGACCCCAGAUGCAGACAACCCUCCUCCGCUGCAGGAUGCCCUCUGCCCCAUCAACUGCCCUGCUGUGAACCACCGCAUGUUUGUCCUGGAGGGCGGAGGGCCCGACCCGUGGCUGUCCAACUUCACCCUGAAGGGCAUGCUCGAUACGUACGACCAGUUCGCCAUCGACGGGACCUACUUCUUCCACAACGACCACAUGUACCACGUCUACUCGUGCUGGCAGGAGAAAUACUCAGCCUGGCCUGCCAACCUCUGCAUCACGCACAUGUCGGACCCGUGGACCGUCGACACCAGCUUCACAAACCGCAGGAUCAUCUCGGUGCCCAGCGAGCCCUGGGAGAGGGUCCCCUACGGGCGGCCAGACACGCGCCUGGCGACCAACGAGGGCCCGCAGCAGCUCGUCAACCCGACCACGGGCCAGAACUUUAUCAUCUACUCGGCCGCCCGCGUCAACACCCCCUUCUACUGCCUGGGCCUGCUCGAGCUGGUGGGCGACGACCCCAUGGAGUACCAGAGCUGGCGCAAGCACAGAGACGGCUGCGUCUUCCACCAAAACUCCCUCGAGGGCGUCUACGGCACCGGCCACGCCAGCUUCACCACCAGUCCGGACGGCUCCGAGCACUACCUGGUCUACCACGCCCAGACCACCGCGGAGCCCCUGGGCGACAUCUCUCGCACCGUCCGGGCGCAGAAGUUUACCUGGAACGACGACGGUACCCCCAACUUCCCACUGGCAAAGAAUGGACCGUUUCCUGUGCCGGCAGGGCAGAAUGGGCAGGUCAUGGUGGCUGGGGAGGAUUAUUCUUUCUUGUCAAGCCAGGGGGGCGAUACUUUCCAGGCCAUCAUGUGA